UGAUUAUUAUCACACGAGUCGACAGAGCUGCUCAUUCUGUGGUGUUGACUGAGUGAUCUGUAAGAGACAAAGCGAGAGGCUCGGCUGAGAUUUUGGGGUUAAUAUCUAAGAUAAUAUGGUAUGAAAAUUUACCUCUUGCUCUAGCAGAAGUAUUCGGUGACUGAGGUUGUUCCUGACAAGCAAAUAAUCUACCUGUUUAUCAAGUCUUGCCAUUUAUUCUGUGACUGUCAUGUUUUGAUGAAUGACUGAUAUAACCAAGUCCUGGAAACACUUAUAGUGCCACCAGCAAUCUUACAUUUGUUUCUUGUAUAAGUUGGUGACGUAUCAUUUACAGAUGCAAACAUCCCAGGAGCACCAUAGUUCAGCUAGUUUCCAAGGGUUGUACCAUCAGCCUUUGCAAGAUCCCUAUCGUUUGUCUCAUUUCCAGAUUUUGGAAAACAAUGUCUCUGCAGAUAUGGGCAACCAAGGAACAAGUAUUUCCUUUGAACCCGAACAAUACUUCACCUUGGAGUCAUCUCCAGCUACUGAUGGUUACAUUGUCUGUGAUUCCCCGUCUAUUUCUAGUGGCUUGUCUAAUAGAAGUCCCUUUUCCCCCCAAGUUUCUCAGUCAUAUAUGUCUGAUCCACAUCGUUCUCCUGAAAACAACUAUGGGUCGCCAGCAAGUGGCUCUUCUGUUGCUGAUAACGGAAAUGAAAUGAGGCACAAGCUCCGGGAAAUCGAAAUUGUUUUGCUGGGUUCUGAACCAGAUAUUGGCAACAGCUGCUAUAACUCUCUUGAUAGUGGAAUCCACCAAGUCACUUCCACAUCAAGGUGGGAUUUGGAUCAAUUGGUUGAAAUGAUCCCCAGGUUAGACCUGAGAGAGGUGCUCAUUUGCUGUGCAGAAGCAGUAUCCAAUAAUGAUGUAUCAACUGCGGUUGCUCUAAUGAAAGUGCUGGAGAAGAAGGUAUCCGUGUCUGGAGAUCCUAUCCAACGUUUGGGUGCUUACACGUUGGAAGGGCUUAGAGCAAGGUUAGAACGCUCAGGGAGUGUAAUCUACAAAUCCUUGAAGUGCGAGGAACCAACAAGCUCUGAACUAAUGUCAUACAUGUCUAUCCUCUAUGAGAUUUGCCCCUACUGGAAGUUUGCUUACAGGUCUGCAAAUGCUGUCAUUGGGGAAGUUAUGGCAAAUGAACGCAGAAUCCACAUCAUUGAUUUCCAGAUUGCACAGGGCAGUCAGUGGAUGCUCCUCAUCCAAGCGCUUGCACAUCGGCAUGGUGGGCCUCCCCUUGCCCUCCGCAUCACCGGUGUUGAUGAUUCCCAAUCAGCUCAUGCUCGAGGUGGGGGACUUAAUAUUGUAGGGCAGAAGCUGUUAGCAUUUGCUAAGUCAUGCCAAGUACCACUCGAGUUUCAUGCUGCUCCCAUGUCCGGUUGUGAGGUUGAGCUAGAAAAUCUGAGUGUUCGAUCUGGGGAAGCCCUGGCUGUUAAUUUCCCAUACGUGUUGCACCACAUGCCAGACGAGAGUGUGAGCACACAGAAUCACAGGGACAGACUAUUGAGGCUGGUCAAAAGUUUGUCACCCAAGGUUGUGACUCUUAUUGAGCAAGAGUCCAACACCAACACUUCCCCAUUUUUCCCAAGGUUCAAAGAGACAAUGGAAUAUUAUACAGCCAUGUUUGAAUCGAUUGAUGCAGCUCAGCACCCAAGAGAUGACAAGCGGCGGAUCCGUGCAGAAGAGAACUGUGUGGCUCGUGACAUAGUAAAUAUGGUAGCUUGUGAGGAUGCUGAGAGGGUGGAGCGUCAUGAACUUCUGGGAAAAUGGAGGUCAAGACUUUCAAUGGCGGGUUUCACUCCAUACCCAUUGAGUUCUUCUGUGGCUAAUGCUGUUAUAGAUCUACUUCGGAGCUAUAAUGAGAAUUAUAGACUCGCGGAGAGCGGUGGGGCUCUCUACCUUGGUUGGAAGAACAGACCUAUGGUUACCUCGUCUGCCUGGUGGUAACAAUGAUUGCUCUGAAAAAUCAUGUAAAUCUUCAUUCUCUCUUUUCUUAACUUCUGUAGCACGAGAGACAGUAGUUUGUGUAGUUUUAUAGAAUCGAGAGUAGCAGUCUUCCAAGAACACCUAUUUUAGGGCAUAAAGCUGAAUCUCUCUGAAUUCAUUGUACAAGUCCGCUAAAACUGAAAGAAAAUAUGUCUCAUUAUACUGCACUUGACGUGUUCUUCCUUUUGGCUGCCAUAGCGACAGGUCUACAUUUAGCUUGUGGCUUUAGUGCGUAGAUAAUAAAAUUGAGUUCAUGGUAGAGAUUUUUCCAUGCUUC